AUGGCAUUACCACAAUCUUUGAGAACCUCCGUGACUCCACUAGAGCUUGAGCUCAUCGCCUCCGAGCACCUCGUCGAGAUCGUCCCCUUGAUCACAAUGGAAAAAACAGCUUUCAUUUCGGGCGCAUAUGGGCCACUACGACCGCCAGCAAAAUGUCGCAUACCGCUUUGGAUGGCCACCAAUCUGAAGCUGAAGAAGAAAUGUCAUAUCGUACCCCCAGAAUGGCUCAGUGUAGGUUUGUAUUUUUUGCACGAACGACUAACAAGAGAAACGAGUCGACCUGAAUUUAGCAAGCUUCCUUUCCGGUUUGCAGAGAUAGCCAAGGUCAUUCUUGAUGUCGCUUCGGAUGACGUGCCGAAUGCAGACAAAAUCAAGUCUUUGCUGAAAGAUCUCCGCGAAGCUCGACAAGCCAAGAGUCGUGAUGGUUUGCAAAAGUUAGAUCACAGCGAACUCAGUUUGCCGAACCUGUGUUCUAUGGAAAUCAACGAGAUCCGACCUUUCUUCAUACAAGCCAUGGGAAUACUGACACAGCUUGUCAGAGAGCCUGCUGCUGAGUAGCGCCUAACUUCUUGCCCUCGGUCACGAAAAUGCACCUAUACUUAUCUUAUCUGUGUUUUCUUCAACAUUUUAGCUUAAUAUAUUCAAUCGUGCACGUCGUAUGGCAUUGGGACAGGCAGGGUGAAUGUCGAAACCUGUAGUCCAUCAACUCUGCGAGGGUGCACUUCAAGAUGGAAUUUACUUUCUCGCUUUUGCUAUGAGACCAACAGGGGGGCAGACCUUCCAUAGAUCGCCGCAAAACAAUGGCACACUAACUAGUCUAGAGAAACGUGAGGCGUCGCUGAACAGUGCACUGAUCAUACCACGAGAAGAUGACAAUGCAACGUACAUAGGAUCAGUCUAACUUAUUUCGUCUCGCUGCCAAUGUCGCGCUUCCACUAUCAACGGUUACCCUCGUGUGAGUCU